AUGGACUCUUUCAACCGCGAUCUGUCAUACACCUCGCUGCCCGAGCUUGUCGUCAACGACACAGGCACAAACAACGCCGAUCGUCCUGCGAAGUGUUGUUCCCCUGCCAUAGAGCCCUCAAUGCUUUCUCCCAACAGCGCCCUGCUCCCCAAACCAACGAUGGCUGCCGAUGGUACAACAGAUCACCCCCCUAGUGGUCAAUCCACGCCGACCAACCCGUUCAACUUUCAGACCCAGGUGAUCUCCACCUCGCCCGUCAAAUCGAACAUUGGUCAACGGCGAGGACACAGAUACAAACACAGCAGUGUUUCGACGCAACAUCAAAUAUUUCAGGAGCCCCCUCAAAGGCCGCCACCUGUUCUCCCAGCAUCUCUACCAAUCCCUACACUGAAAGAGGCAUGGAAGAGUAUGAAUAAAGAUCAAAGAAUGCGCCUUUACUGGAGCCUGUCGCAUCUUGCUAUUGCUGUCUUCAUCUUCUUCAGAUCUGAGGGCUCGCUUUCCGCAACGGCGCUGUCGCACCUCGUCUUCUUUGACGCUGGAAGUGCAGCCGUUUGUGUGGCUGUUGAUGUUCUCGGAAAUUUCGAGGUGUGGAGGCGCAGCAGUAUUCGUCAUCCGUUCGGCCUAGAAAGAGCCGAAGUUCUGGCUGGGUUUGCUAUGUCUAUAUUCCUUCUCUUUGGCGGGUUUGAUCUCGUUUCGCACAAUCUCAAGCAUCUUCUUGAAUCCAUGGGCCACCACGAGCCGCACCAUGAACAUUCUCAUGAAGGAAUCCCUGCAGGUUCUGUUGACCUUGCCUCUGCAGCUGCUAUUCUUAGCACGCUGGCAUCCGCAUAUGGUCUCAAAAACCACGCUCGUAUUGCCAAGGUCAUGAGAGUCUCUUACCUCGCGUCGUUUCCGAGUAUUCUAUCCAACCCUUUCCACUUUUUGACACUUUUGUUUUCUACCUUGGUUGCAUUGCUGCCUCUCUUUUCGAUUGAACUCUAUACUUGGUUGGACAGAUUGAUCUGCGCCAUCAUUUCGUUAGCCAUGUUCGGGCUUGGGAUGCGUGUCGCUGUUGCACAAGGCCUCAUGUUGCUCAUGUCAUAUGGUGGCAGCGAUGGCGAUGCUGGAGUGUCUUCAGUCAUCCACGACAUUGAAUCCGAGUCAAGUAUAACCAGCGUUGACGAAGCCCAAUUUUGGCAAGUUCACUACGGACUCUGCAUGGCCAACUUGAAAAUCAGCGUCGAGAAGGGCAACGAUGAGGUGGCCCUCAGCAGAUUGCGCAGCAGGAUAACCUCGUUAAUACAAAAUCGCCUCGGAGAAGGAUAUGGCACAGGUGGCAACGUCAGAUGGGAGGUAUCGUUGCAACUCAACACAAAUGGCAGCUCGUAA